AUUCCUGGCUUGCGUGACGAUAAGGUUGAGCUGUUUGAGAGCGGCGCCAUCUUGCUGUACCUGUCGGACAAGUACGGGGAGAGCAAUACCCCCGAGAAGCGAGCAGACGCCGCAAAGUGGAUCGUGUGGGCCAAUGCGGAGCUGGAUGGAGUUUUGUUCACCCGGGAUAUUGAGGUUGCUCGGGCUCCCAAGGUGCUGAUGCAGCUGGAUGCAAUCCUCAACGGGAAGGAGUUCCUCGUUGGCAACCAGUUCUCCGUGGCGGACGUGGCAGUCGCCUCCUACCUCCUUUUCAUCCCCCUGUUCCACCCCAACUUCGAUGCCAGCCGCUUCCCAAAUGUCCUUCAGUACAUGGACAGGUGCGCCUCCCGUCCUGCAUUCCAGAAGACCAUGGGAACCAACGCCCUCCAGUGA